AUGACAGUCCUGGAGCUCAAGAGGACCGCUCCUGACCAUUCUCCAAUCCUCGCCCAGCUUUGGUGUACCUUCCCUGGGGACUGAUCUGGAUCCACACCACAGUCAUGGAUCUUUUCCACAGCUGGGGGGUGGAGGUGGCCGUCCAUCUGCAGACCCAGUAUGGGCAUUAUGAGGGCUGGUUUAGUCUAGCCUCUACAGUGGCUGACCUGCAUACCACCUUCUUUUGUUUCUUCCCAGUCUGGUUCUAUCUGCGCAGGGACGUGGGUGUAAAGCUCAUCUGGGUGGCUGUCAUCGGGGACUGGCUCAACCUGGUCAUGAAGUGGGUUCUAUUUGGAGAGAGACCCUAUUGGUGGGUCCAUGAUACCCGCUUCUAUGGGACAGAUCCAGCCCCUGCCUUAAAACAAUUCCCCAUCACCUGUGAAACUGGACCAGGAAGCCCUUCGGGUCAUGCCAUGGGCUCGUCUGCGGUGUGGUACGUGAUGAUAACAGCUGUCUUCUCAAUGGCGGCAGAAAGACGGUUCCCCCCUCUCCUGUACAGGUUCUUGCAGGCGGGGCUCUGGAUGCUGCUGUGUACAGUAGAGCUGCUGGUGUGCAUGUCCAGAGUCUACAUGGCUGCCCACUUCCCGCACCAGGUCAUCAGUGGGGUCAUCACAGGUAUCAUGGUGGCUGAGACCUUCUCCAGAGUGCAGUGGAUCUAUGGAGCCAGUCUGAAGAAGUACUUCUACACCACCCUCUUUCUGCUCUCCUUUGCUGUGGGCUUCUACGAGCUGCUAAAAGCUAUAGGCGUGGACCUGCUGUGGUCCCUGGAGAAAGCCCAGAAGUGGUGUGUGAGAGCCGAGUGGGUCUACAUGGACUCCACCCCCUUCGCCAGCCUCCUGCGCAAUAUGGGCACCCUGUUUGGCCUGGGCUUGGGUCUGCACUCACCUCUCUACACCAAGAACAAGAACAGCAGCAUCCCCUUCAGGGUGGGAUGUAUCACUGUCUCUUUAUUGUUGCUACAGAUUCUGGAUGGCUUGACGUUCUCCUCCAGAGACCAGGCCAUGUUCUAUGUGUUGUCAUUUAGUAAGAGUGCUGCUGCUCUCUUCAUUCCCACAGCUCUGGUUCCCGGAGGACUCUCCUGGAUCUUCCCAGGUAGUGUGGCGGCUAAGCUGAAAUUUUCAUAACAACAAUUCACUUUAUGAUAAAAGUCCCAAAUUUUACAGAGGUAAAUUUAUGUACCCUGAAAUUAUUUACAUACUGUAUCAGGCCAUGGCAGCCAUCUUACAAAAUGGCCACUGAAAGUAACACAACAUUUUACAAUUCAGAAGUAGUGUUUUGAUAUAACUGCACCAAAUGUGUUACAGAGGUAGAUGUAUGUACCCUGAAAAUAUUUACAGUAUAUAUGGAGCCCCCACAGAUUUGGCCCCUGGGGCCACAGCAGACAUUUUACAAAAUGCCAACAUAUGCCAACACAGCACCAAAUAUGCUACAUAGGAACAUUGAUGUACCCCGAAAUGAUUAAGAAAUGGAAACCCCACAGAUUUGGCCCCUGGGGGCCUCUAUGGGGCCAUGUCAGUCAUUUUACAAAAUGGCAACAUAUUGUAAAAUUGUUUUACAAUGCAGAAGGACUGUUUUGAGAUAACAGCACCACAUUUAGUACAGAGGUAGAUAUACAGUGCUUUCAGACAGUAUUCAUACACCUUGAUUCUUUCCACAUAUUGUUGUGUUACAGCCUAAAUUGAAAAUGGAUUACAUGUAUUUAUUUUUUAUCUCACACAAUACCCCAUAAUGACAAAGUAUAUGUAGGCUUGCCAUAACAAAGGGGUUGACUCAAGACCAUGUGGUAUUGUGUG